AAGGCUCCUGGGGUAUAAUAAUCCGGGUUCUGAGGAAGGUUCUUUGUAGAUGCAGAAGAAAGGGGAGGACGAUCAACAUGGGCUCCAGCUCCUCCUCUUAUGCUCCCAGAAACAUUUAUCUGGAUGUUGAUGGGAAGGUCCAAAAGGUGGUGUUCAGCCGGCACUGUAGGUCAUGUGACAUCAGGGAGCUUCUUUGUUCAUCGUCUAACAUUCCCAGAAACACUGCCAUCAUGGUUGUGGAUCCAGAAGGUGCCAUGGUUUCCAUUGAUCCCACAAUGCCCACCAAUUCUCCAAAUAAUUUAUACAAAGUUGUCCCAUUGUCUACUGGUCAGGUUGAAGAGAAGGAGGACAUGUUUCACACUGUGCUGUCCCAGGUGGCUGAGCAGUUCAACAGAGCAUUUCACAUCACUGAGUUGAAGACUGAGCUCACCAACAGACUGGCAAUGUUGGAGAAGAGAGUUGAAAUGGAAGGCUUAAGGGUUGUGGAAAUAGAAAAGUGUAAAAAUGAUCUGAGGAAGCUUCGAGAUGAGAUGACUUCAAGAGGUAGUGGCAGGUUAAACUGUUCAUGCAAAUACAGUUUCUCAGAUGACGGGAAGAAGGUCACUCCUAGACGAGACAUCCCCAGCUACCCAAAGUACACACUUUCCCGGGAAACUAUUGAGGCACUGAAGAAGCCAACAUUUGAUGUUUGGCACUGGGAACAUAAUGAGAUGCUGAGUUGUCUGGAGUUCAUGUACCAUGACUUGGGACUAGUAAAGGAAUUUAACAUGAACCCCAUCACACUGAAGCACUGGCUGUUGGCAAUUCAGGAGAACUACCGCAACAACCCUUUCCACAACUUUCGCCACUGCUUCUGUGUUAGUCAAAUGAUGUAUGGCAUGAUUCACCUCUGCAACUUACAGGAGAAGCUGUCUCUCACAGAUUUGGGAAUCCUAAUGACAGCUGCAGUGUGUCAUGACCUGGACCACCCCGGCUAUAACAACACGUACCAAAUCAAUGCUCGUACAGAACUGGCAGUGCGCUACAACGACAUGUCUCCGCUGGAGAACCAUCACUGUGCUGUGGCCUUCCAGAUCAUUUCCCUUCCUGAGUGCAACAUCUUUGCAAACGUGGAUCCGGAAGCAUUCAAAAAGAUCAGACAAGCAAUUAUCACCCUCAUACUAGCCACUGACAUGGCCAGACACAGUGAGAUACUGGAAUGUUUUAAACAAAAACUGGACAACUUUGACUUUACCAGUGAGGAACAUGUGACAUGUCUCAAGAGGGUUCUAAUCAAGUGCUGUGAUAUUUCUAAUGAGGUGAGGCCAACAGAGGUUGCUGAGCCGUGGGUGGACUGCUUAUUGGAAGAGUACUUCAUGCAGAGUGACAGGGAGAAAUCUGAGGGCCUCCCUGUGGCUCCCUUCAUGGACAGAGAUAAAGUUACCAAACCCACUGCUCAGAUUGGAUUCAUCAAGUUUGUCCUCAUCCCAAUGUUUGAGACUGUCAUGAAGCUGUUCCCUCAGAUUGAAGAGAUUAUGGUUCAACCUUUGAGAGACUCCCGUGAUCACUACGAGGAACUUAAACAGCUUGAAGAGGCCAUGACAGAGAGCCAGAAAGAAAAAACUGAACAUAAAUCAUUAGGCCGGAUGAAGAAGUAA